CUCAUUCUUACACAGUUCACUAAAAUUUUAGACACUGCUUUUGAAAAUGGACGACCAGUCUGAAAAUUCUGGCCGUGAAAAUGUGGAAAAUUCUGACAAUGAAAACGAUGAGAAUCUGGUGACAGAAGACAUUCCUGAGGAGGUUCCAGCCGAAAUUACAGCCGAUGCAGUUGAGCAAGAAGUGGUUCCAGACCCAGACGAUGAGGCCAGUGCUGAUUGUGAGGUGGAGGAAAAUGCAUUGUUUGAGAGUGCAAAGGACGAAGCGUCUAUUUCGGAGCCAGGAGCCAGCGAGGAUUUGGAUCUAGAACAAUUGCUUUUGGACGCUGAGACCACGAUUGGAGAUGAAUUGUUCGAGGAAGACGAAAAUGCUGAAGUUGGGAUCACAGAGGAAUCAAAGGACCCGAAAAUCGAGCUUCGUAGUCUUGAAAAACGAUUUUCCGAACUUGAAGUGGACGGUGACCAUGCGAAGGGCUCUGUUUCAAAGCCAAAGUACCAAAUCAAGGAGUUCCUCGAGUCGGCCUCCAAUUUAAAAUUUGAGGUGGUCAAUACAAACACCACCUUUAAACUCUUCCUGCCAACCCUGAAGAAAGUAGUGGAAAUACCAGAAUGGGAAAAGGCGGUUUUGAAACGUGAACAACCGCUCAUUCGUCAAGCCAUGCAGCGGGCCCGCAUGCGAUCCCGCGAGUACCUGUGCGAGAUGACCAGGCGGGACAACAGGAUGAUCGUGUCCGAGGCCAGGCACAUCAUCAACUACGAAAGGGCCCAGCGGAUGAAGGCCCAAGUGCUGCAGCGGCGCCGGGGCUGCGUCAAGGACCUGACCGAGCCUCCGCAGCGCUGCGACCCGAGACAGAGCUUCGGAAUUAAGAAGAGACCCACCGAGCAUCCGCCCAUGCCUGCCUUGUACGUCAGCACUAGGUCCAAAGACAACAAAUUCGGCGCCCGUUUGCGGUGUGCCCGCGAACGCUACAACAAGCGCUCCGACGACACUUGGCUCCACUCGGAGCAACUCAAGCUGAUUAGGGCCGCCGAGCGGCUGGAGCGGUGCAAUAUGUUCAAUGAGAAGUUCGCCACGCCUCCGCAGGAACACAAUCCGUGGGUCCUCUCGCCGAAAUCGCGCAAAAAGAGACCCAGCAUCCCGAUGCCAUUGCACCGAUAUUAAAAUUCUGAAGCUUGUUUAA